AUGCCUCUUGAAAAUUUAGGUAAAGAUUUUGUAAAUUCUCAUUGGAAAAACAUAAUAAUCAAUAGUGAAUAUAUGAAUUCAUAUUAAUAACCUUUAUAGUCAUAUUAUAGUGGUUUUACAGCUAAUCUUUUAAGAGACACAGGCUUCUAUGAGUAAAUAAAAGAAUCUAUGGGAGAAGAAAUACUCUAUGCUAAAGGAGUAGGCUGUCAACACUUCACUGAUAAUUAUUGUAAUUCUUAUAAAGAUGAAUUUUGUCUUCCUAAAACUGAAUAAGGUUAAUGUGAUUUCCACCAUAUUGGAUCUUCAAAUUGUAUUAUUGGUUAAUUUAAUGAAUCUCGUUGUCAUACAUAUUAUGUUUAAUUAUAAAAGGAAUGCUGGAAUAUUAAAAAUAUGUAACAAUCAAAUAACUAAUAGAAGUGA